AUGACGAUACUUAACGAUUCCACUAAGACUGCCUUUGCUGUUGCAGAAUCCCCAGUGGGGAAACCAACCAGCAGUUCUUCUAGGCAACCAAAGCUACCACCAAAGCCUGAGAACUUACCCCAUCCCGAAUAUACCACGCCAAGAGGUGUAUCGCCUCUGAUAUCUGUACCAAAAGCAGGGUUGCAAUAUCCAAAUUAUACGCCUUUUAAGCUCCCAGAUUUGGUCGAACAUCCAUUUAUCGACAGAGGAAUCGAUUCGGAUCCGAAGAAGAGUAAAUUACUAGGUGCAGCAUCAGAAGUAAAGCAUCUGACCCCAUCUAUUGGAACUGAGCUUGUAGGAAUCCAACUUACAUCUCUCGAUGAUACCCAAAAAAAUGAACUCGCUCGAUUGGUCGCAGAACGUGGAGUUGUAUUUCUGCGAGAUCAGGAAAUGGAUGUUCAUGAACAGAUAGAAUUUGGGUCUUACUUUGGAGAACUUCAUAUUCAUCAGAUGGCAGGAAUCAUACCUGAUUUGCCAUGGGUACAUCCAAUUCAUAAGGAUGAAACUGCCAAAAAUGGUCGAUCCCAUCAAAUAUGGCAUUCGGAUGUGAGUUAUGAGAUCCAACCACCCGGAUUGACCUUUUUGAGAAUGGAUACGCUUCCAAAAGCUGGACCUGAUGGAUAUGAAGCUGGUGGGGAUACAAUUUGGGCGAGUGGUUAUGGUAUCUAUGAGUCAUUAUCUCCAACACUGAAAGGUAUUUUGGAAAAUCUGGAAGCAAAACAUAGUGGUCUUGAACAAGCCGAGAAAGCACUUAAAGGAAAUGGCUGUCUUCGAAGGAAUCCUAUUGAGACAAUACACCCGGUCGUAAGAACACAUCCAGUAACCCAACAAAAGACUUUAUAUGUGAACGAAAACUUUACCAAGGAAAUUGUGGGCGUCGAAAAACGAUUCAGCGAAUCUCUCCUCGAUUUCCUCAAUCGAUACGUCGCGGAAGCAUACGAAUAUCAAGUGAGAUGGAAAUGGUCCACCAAUGCAGUUGCUAUCUGGGAUAAUCGUGCUACGUUUCACACUGGGAUUUUUGACUACUAUCCUCACCUUCGUCAUGGAUUGCGUGUUGCUACCCAAGCUGAAAAGCCCACCAAAUGA